CUGCUCGUAUGAUCUUUGAGAACAUGGUGUGUUGGUGGAUCAGCAGCCGGCCAGCCAAGGCAUCAAGACAACAACACAGCAGACAGCAAUAUUUUAAGGACUGCGACGAAAUGUAUCCAAUAAAUGUAUGCAACGGAGGACUGUGAUUGCUGUUGGAUUGUGUCGGGGGACCGAGAAGGAGAAGGGAAAACCUGAUUUACUGCUGUGUUUUUGGAAAGAAGACCGAAGGUGGAGCUGUGCUGGAAUCGCAUCGCCUCUUUUGCUCGCUCGCUGAUGUGCAACUUUGUGUCCGAUUUUUGCACGGAGACGAGGCUAUUGGAUACGCCGAGCUGGGACUUGCAUGGACUCUCGCUAUUUCCAGUGACACUAGCGUGCAGACAUGUUAGCCUUUCAUUUUGUAGUCGUAGCGGGUUAACCGGAUCGUUAGCCAGCCAGCUAGCGCGCAGGGUCGCUGCUCAAAGCCGACCACAAAGCGCCUCGGGUCCGCGUUAGCGCUAACGCCAUGCCGCUGGUUCAAAGCGGCCCAUUAGAGCUAACUUCGGCGAGCUAACGUUAGCUGGACAACGCACGUCGCUUUGGGUGGGCGUUAUCACUCUCCACAGUGGUCUAAGUAAAUGAGUCACGACAUAAAAUCCAGGCGUACGUUUAACUUUCGAUUUGCACUGUGUUUACUUUUACUAUUAGCCCACAACGGCUGGACUGGCUAAUAGCGUAGCCUGCUAAUUAGCUAGCCUGCCUGUUAGCCACUGGGUUUGUUGUUGUUUACAGUGGGCUGGAAUUUAAAUUUCUUCCAGUUAACGUCAAAGCGAGCUUCAAAGUUACAGCGGUGUUAAAUUUUCCCUUUUUUUGUUUAUUUGUAAGCCCGAGGUACGUUCUUGUGUGUGUUUAGUAAUUUGCACUAGCUAGCAAUUAGCCACCCGUCAGUACGUUUAACAUAAGUAAUGAAAAUAACCGAGCUUUAACUGCGAAGGCAUCAGGCUCAGAAAGGUUGGCUUGUUCCCGAUUAUUUCGGCUGGCGUGUCUGCUCAAAGCUCCACACGUAAACAAGUCUCUGUGUGUGUGUAUGUCUGGCUGAGCUUUUAGUGUUUGCUUUUCAUGCUAUCACUAAAUCUCCAUUUACAUGAAUCCGGUGGUAUUAUCCGCGAGUCAGUUAAUGCUCGUCCUUGCAGUCACUUUGAGCUUUGAUGAAUUAGCUUUUCACGCACACACUGACAGACAUGGUUGCUGUUGUCCUCCUGCAGCACACUGAGACACAUCAGCCGUUCAUUCAUGAUUGAUGACCUGAGGAAGCCGGUUGUCAUUUCUUUUUUUUUUUCCCCCCACUACAGCCAAACCACCCCAUCUCUGCCACUUUUAAGCUGCUUGUUAAUGUUUUGUAACCACUAAUGCAACCUAGUGGUGAAGCAUACUGUGAAGACGAGUUUUGGGUGUCAGUUUUUAAGCGGCACUUUGUUUUAAACUCCCAUCGAUUUCUAACCGGAGCCGGUGGUGUGGAUGGGAACAUGAGGAGGGCCCUGUCAGAUCUGAACCAGCUUCUGAGUGGUUUCAGGGUCUGAUCCGAGCGCAGAAGAGAAGAGAGCCCCACUGAGAGCGUGGAUUGAAAACUGAAGAGGAAAGAGACGACGGCGGCGAUGAUGAUGAUGAUGAGGAUAAGGAUAAAAGUGGCCCAGUGACAGUGUUGAUCCCACACCGGCAGGAAGCAGAGGACUGUCAGAAGGCUGCAGGCAUGAGUCUCCGACAACCCACCUCCACGCUGGACAGCCCCUUUGCCGCUUGGCUCAGCAGUCUGACCAUUGGCGACUCGGAGCGCAAAUCCUCCUCCACUCAGCAGAGGGAGCCCGUGGCAGAAGUCAUAGCUGAGAGCGCAGCAGCUCCUGGCCUGGUCCAGAGAUGCGUGGUGGUGCAAAAGGAUCAGCUGGGCUUCGGCUUCACAGUGUGCGGUGAGAGGGUGAAGCUCGUGCAGAAUGUCCGACCAGGCGGUGCAGCAGUCAAAGCCGGGGUUCAUGAAGGGGAUCGCAUCAUAAAGGUGAACGGCUCGCUGGUGUCCGCCAUGUCGCAUCAGGAGGUGGUAAAGCUCAUAAAGUCCGGACCGUACGUCGCUCUCACGCUGCAAGGGCCGCCCCCGUCAGCCGCCACCGUGCCCCUCGAGCCCCUCCCCACUGACUUCGCAGCCAAUCGAAGAACGUCCCUAGGAGGAGAGGCUCCGCCCCCUCCACCUCCCCCAUUGCCCUCUGGACUAAGCGGCACCCCUUCCCAAAGAAUCACAGGACCCAAACCACUACAGGACCCAGAAGUACAGAAACAUGCUACUCAGAUACUCAGGAAAAUGCUCGAGCAGGAAGAGGCCGAGCUGCAGGACUUAAUGGACAAGCAGCUGAAGAACCCGUCUCCAUCGCUGGAGGAGCGGAUCGAGAGCGCCAAGAGGAGGGCUCACCAAGUCCGGAUCAAGAUACAGCAAGAUACGGAGGGAACAAGAUCGGAAUCAGCCACGAGUUACCUUAUAGCAGGAGAAGGACGCCUGUCAGUGGACUCCAGUGAAGGAGACAUGGAGGCCUGUGAGAGUCCCCACUCCUCCCCCUUAUUUUCCUUCAGGACCCCCCUACACCGAUGCCAGAGCUCCGACACACACACCCUGUCUGACUCGGGUGGGAAGGCCCAGAUCAUCGGCCCAGAGGAGGAAGACGAAGAUGGCUGUUUGCUGAAUGAGAUGGAUGGUCCGUUCCAGGACAUUGAGCUGUUGAAAACACGACCUGCACACAUGACAGUGUUCAUGAGAUACGUCUUCACCCAGCUCCUGGAUCCCAACCCUCUGCUGUUUUACCUGUCAGUAGAGGCUUACCUUGGAUCCAGUCCUAAAGAUGCCCGUGCACUUGCACCUCAGAUCUGCUCCCAUUUCCUUGAUCCAGAUGCUCCACUGAAAAUCAAAGUAAGAGAGGAGUACCUCACAGAUAUCGAAGGCAGACUUCAUGCCCAGGAGGACAUCAGGGGACCUCUGUCAGAGCUGCAGCAGCAGGUGCUGCCGGACAUCCAGGACCAGAUACAAGACUACAGAAACAAGCAGAUGAUGGGUCUCGGCUCUCUGUUUGGAGAAGGAGACCUGCAGCACCUUGAUGGAGACCCGGCGAAAGAGAAACAGGUGGUGGAGAAACAGGUCACCGCUCUCUGGGAGAUACUAUCAAAGCAUGAAGAGGACAGAAGUUCUCCUCUGGCAUCAGCUGUGCUCCUUUACCUGCGACACUCUGGCAUUAAGCUCAGGGACUCCAAAGUCUUCCCCGGUCUGAGCACAGAGAAGGAGAAGUGGCUCGCUUUCUUAAAGACGAAGAAGCUGAGUGUUGUCAAGAAAGAAAAAGAUGGCGAGGAUAAGAAGAGAAAUCCCAUCCUGAAGUACAUCGGCAAACCCCGGACCGCAUCCCAGUCCACAUUCCAUAUCCCGUUGUCACCCACCGAAGUUCGUCCCGGCAGCGUGAGGAACAUCAUCCAGCAGUUUGAGAAUCACACGGAGGCCGAGGAGGAGGGGGGGGAGGGCGCCGACGCCCAGACGCUCUCCUCUAGCAGCCUGGGGUACGAAGGCAUGGACAGCCCCACCGUCUCAGUCCGCUUGGCGCGCAGCGAGUCCCUGAAAGCUCAGGGGGAAGGUCGCCGGCGGGGAGUCGCCUCGGGGGCCGAGUCUGUGCCCCGCUCCCGCAGCGAUGUGGACAUGGAGGACUGCGGGGAGGAGAGGGAAGGUCCGGGCCUCAGGCCGCUGCAGCACAGCACCUCGUCAUCAGCGUCCAGCAGCUCCAACCGGUCUCUAGAGAACCCUACACCCCCAUACACCCCUCGGUCUAGACGCAGGAGCAUGGACUCGUCGCCGGGCAGGCUGCCAGACACUAUAUCGCUGGAGGAGGAAGUCUCUGACGGACAAAACUGGCAGGACACGGUCACGCCCCAUGUCCUCGCAGGGCUCAGCCCGAGAGAAGUGGACAGGCAGGCAGUCAUAUACGAGCUCUUCACCACUGAGGCGUCCCACCUGCGAACUUUGCGAGUCCUGGACCAGGUUUUUUUCCAGAAAAUGAGAUCUGUGCUGAACUCGGACGAGCUCGCCUGCAUCUUUCCCAAUCUUCACAAAGUGUACGAACUCCACGAAAGACUGUGUGAGGCAAUGAAGAAGCGGCGAGAAACUCCUAUCGUUCAGGACAUCGGGGAUGUGAUGCUGGCCAGGUUCGAAGGCGCAGCUGGAGACGAGUUUCAGGAGCAGGCGUCCCAGCUGUGCUGCCAGCAGUCUCAGGCUCUGGAGCUCAUCAAGAACAAACAGCGGAAAGACCCCCGCUUCGCUCACAUUAUCCAGGAGUGUGAGGCGAGUCCUCUGUGUCGGAGGCUGCAGCUCAAAGACCUGCUGGUGUCCGAGAUGCAGCGACUCACCAAGUACCCUCUGCUGCUGGACAACAUCAUUAAACACACGAAGGCUGGCUCUUCGGACCUCCCCUCCCUCCGGCGCGCGCAGGCUUGUUGCCGAGGGAUACUGCAGGCCGUCAACGAAGACGUCAGGGAGACGGAACACCGGCAGCGCCUCAGCCAGUACCAGCGCAGACUGGACGCCGCCCCUCAGUUUAAGAGUUUGGACCUCACCACAAAGAGGAUGAUUCACGAAGGUCCUCUCACCUGGAAACUCAGCAAAGAUAAGCAGAUAGAGAUCCAGGCGCUGCUGCUGUCGGACUGCCUGGUCCUCCUCCAGAGGGGCCCGGACGAUCGGCUGCAGCUGCGUUUUCCGUCCCGCUGGCUGGGCGGAGGCGGAGGAGGCAGCGGAGACAACAAGACCUCGUUCAGCCCUCUGGUGAAGCUGGAAUCGCUGCUUGUUCGCUCCGUAGCUACAGACAACAAAGCCCUGUACGUCAUCAGCACCACGGAGAGGCAGAUCUACGAGCUGGUGGCCGGGACGUCGUCGGAGAAAAACACUUGGAAAGAUUUACUUGAAAAGAGCAUCUGUCCGGAGGGCGGCUCGUCCCCUCUAUGCGAGCAGAGGCCACCUUUACCAUCCCCCAGCGUGCGCAGUGCGUCUCCAAACAACAGCAGCGCCGGUGACGACAACUCGAUCGCGGAGCAGUCGGAACCCCUGGAGACGCACUCCAACGAUGACGCCGCCUCAGACAACACGCCCAUGGACCAGUCGGGAGCUUUCACCUGCGGGGAAACGGCCACUGCCUGUGUGGCAGAGGCUGCUUUAGAGGAUGUCGAGAGACUGCGGGAGCUCAUAUUACGAGACCUGGAAGAGGACGGCCAGAGCCACAAUUCGGACGACACGCCCACCAACGAGACGGCCAACGGCAGGAGCUUGUUCGGUGAGAGGCAGCGGCCUCACUCUUUCGAGACCGUCCUCAAAUUCAGCACGGACGACUGCGAGGCCGAGCCGGAGGACAUUCCUAUCCCAGACACGGGGCAACAGGGCGUCAAGGUCGUGAGGAAAGCUGUGGUUGCGGGUCCUCCUUCCUCUUCUUCUUCUGUCCCUGACGAUGUCACGCCCUCCUCCGAUCAAUCAUCCGAGUCGAGAGACGAGGCCCAAACGCAGGGGAACUUUUUCUACUUGAUGAUGCCCACAGACCAGGGAGAGAGCAUCACCGACGAUCUCACCGACCCUCCCACGCCCACCGUCGCCCACUUCCCUCCGCCCCUGGAGGAGGGGGUGUCGGCGUGGACGGGGGCGGGCGAGGAAGCGCUCGCCUUCCCGCCGGAGUCCGACCGGGCGGAGGCGGAAGAAGCGCGCCAGAGGACGCAGCAGAGUCACGUGAUUAAAAACGUGGAUGAGAUUUUUCACACUAUCGAGGGCCUGAUGAGCAAGCUGCGGAAACUGAAGGACAUAGAGAAAGCCCACCACAAGCUCCUAGAAAGCCUCAGAGAUCCCUCCAUCAAUCAAGAGUCAGAGGACCAACGGUGUUGCUCAGCAACCGUCUCCAGGACGCCAUCUUUAGAUCGCAGCUCAGGAGACGGUAAAGAGGGGAGUCCAGCUGAGCCCAAACUUUUAUCAACCGGAUUCUGAGGAGGUUAGACGCACUCUGACUAACUUCAUCUUGAUUGUUGGCAUACACGUGCACCUUUACCUACCCACUGUCAGACUCUAGCGCCCCCCCCACAUGCCUCCUCUCCCCCCAGCACGCACCAGCCAGCGGCGCAGAACGUUAAAAAGACCAUCGCAACCUUUCUUUUUUGUUUGCUUCUGUCGCCCUGGGAUACCAGGAAGGUGGUCGGACCCGCCGAGGUUUUCCGAGGUCUUCGGACUUCCACCCAUACCAUGAGGGAAUAUAAGGACACUGAAGAAAAAGUAUGAAGGAACAAAAAGAGAAAGAAGACAAGUUGACUGGAAAUGGGAAAAAAAAAAAAAAGUUGGAAGAAGUAUUGAAAGUGGAAAACUGACCAAGUUGGAUAUUAGUGAAGGAAAAUGACUUUGUAUGUAUGGCUUUGAAGAGCUGGUUGAAGGAAUGGAGCAGAAAAGUGUCGAAAUGUUAAUUUAAGGAGAAAUCUGAGGAACCCCAGCACUUUACCCACAACGCAUCUCUCUGUCAAUUCGUCCUGUGAAGUGGACAGAUCAGGGACUGGAGGAUUCAGGCUUCGUUUGAGCAGAGGGGGGGGAGGGCAGUGCUGGAGCCAAGAUGGCGUCCGGCCCCCUCGGCCCCUCCGACUGGUUGCUUUACACUGAGUUCACCUGCCGCCUCGGCCGAAGGACUGUGUCUAUAUAAUUCAGGUUAUUUGCACUGGGUAAGGAAACCAAUUUCACACAAGCACCAUGUAACUGUCGUUCAUCUCUGACACUCACUGUGGAAGAAACACUAGAGUUUAGACUCACUCACAUGCUUAAACUACAUGAAGGCGGUUCGUUUACCAGAUUCAUACUCAGUUUCAUUUUAGAAUCACUAGUGCACUGUUUACUACUGAAGUGCUGGCAGGGUUUCUCUUCAGCGCUGCUUCAGAGGCAUGCAGGGAUCUCAGCGGUUCAUAUCUCAGCUCUUCUGAUCAUGUAAAGUUCUUUUUUUUUUUUUUUUUUUUUUAAGUUUAAACAUUCAGGAGAUUUUUUUUUGGAUGUUCCAGACUCUAGACGGGCGGUGUCGGCAAGCGCGAUUAACGCGGGGCAGGCAAAUACAGAUUCAAACCCAGAAACUUGAAUUUUCACCGAAAACGCGAAGCGUCGCACCGGCGUCGCCGUCGUUGUUCUGCGGCGCGUGGUGUAAAUAUGGCGACUUCCCUGGUAAAUACUGUGAACCAGCACCUCCUCCCCAUCUCCCAUACGUAGAGUCGAUAACCUCCCAGCACACUACCCACGCCGUGAAAGAACUGCGCUCUUUACCAAGUAAUUUUACAGCAACGGGAGCUCCUUCCCAAUGGAGGUUUCAUUUAGCAGGAGAAAGAUAAAGCUUUGUAAGAAUAGUUUGAAAUUUGGGAAACACUCUCACUUUCUCACUUGUCCAAACAAUUGACUGACUAAGGCGGAAAAAGUGGACGGGGGCCUUCUCCAAGGAUUGCCUCCAAACAUUCCAAACACUAAUCUAACGUAUUACAUCUUCCUUUGUCCUGGAGUUGUUCAGAAGACGUUCAGGACUCCAACAUGCAGCUUUUUUUUAACACUAUGUUCAUCUAGCCAAGUUAAGCUAGCCAUUUGUAACGCACACAAACAAGAGAGGCACUAAAGCGCAUUUCCCAGAAGUCAGACUAUUCCUACGACUAUUUUUGGAUCAUCCUUGAUGUUCCUUACUUCCUUAAGCAAGCAUAACCAGCAAAGACUGACACUAAAGCCAAGUGCUUUUCUACUUUUUCCUCCGACUGCGGACUAAGUGUCUGCUGCCACUACUACUAAUAACAGAAAGGUGAAAGCCUACCUCUUAGUUAGACUUUUAUUCCGGCGGUCGGUGAUGAGAGACGGUUUCGUUGUUCCCCAUUUCGGUUGGUCCGCGAGUUGCACAUGUGAUGGUGUUCAUUUUAAAAAGAUAAUUUUGCAAGUCAAGAAAAUCUUUUUCGUUUGAAAGCAACACUAAUAUCAUCCUACAGAAAGAAGGAAAAGGCAUUAAAAAAGGAGCUUGUGGAGAAAUGUUAUCGCGUAUUUAGUGGUUCAGAUUUUCCACAAACCGUCACUUUGAACACUAUCUUUUAAAACACACCAUGUGUGACUCCUGGUCCAAUCCUUCCAAAUGUGGUUUCUCGUCAUCUACUACCGUACCCCCCAAAAAAAGAAGGUCCCGAGCAGGUCCAUCGGAAGUGGUGAGACAUCACCUCUCUACACCCGGCAGAAAGGAAAAUCCAUAUUUAAACCAUUACAAGUAAACAACUCGUAACCAAGUGCAGAUUUUUUUUUUUUUUUUUUUAAAUACACAUCUCUUGCUGAACAGAAACACUGGACUCAAUUAGAUUUGAGCUGGUUUCAAAUACUAACUGAGGAGUCUGUCAUCAGCGUCAGGAUUAUUUACAACAACGCUACCAAACACCAAACUGAACCAAACCAGGAGCAGGUUCCAUUUCACAGCGGCGUCAUCGUCACGUUUCACUGUCUGGUAGGGAAGCAUUUCACUCUUCGGCCGUCGCACUCUGAAAGAGGAGCGGCUGUUGGGUUUGUACAAAGAAAAUGAAAUGCAACUAAGGAAAAAGAAAUGAUAGCAGUGCUACUGAUUGUCGGCUUUUUUUUCUUUCUUUUUUUUUAAUUUUUUUUUUUACAUAAUUGAAAAAGGAAUUUGUUGUUGCUAAAAAUAUAAAAAUGUUCUACCAAAGUGAAAUAUUUCUUCAGAGUUGUCGAAGAGGACGCUUGGUCAAACACCUCAGACCUGGACACUGAAGACUUGUUAGUGUGAAGGUCUGAGCUGGUUGAAUAAAAAAACUAAAUAAAUCUUUCCAUCAUUUCCUUCCUUCUCAUCCCUCACUACACUAUUUUUUCACCUCCACUUUCUACCUCUACACGUCUUUCUAUCUCCAGUCAUUUCUUUUUCAUCCCUUUUUAUCUUGUACAUUGACACAAGCGCCGUAAACAAGCUAUAACUGAUUCCAUUUUUUUUAAUAUCUUGCACAAACAAAACUUCCCUGCACAGUGCAAACUACUGUAUGCAUAAACACGACUUUCAUCUCGUUGUCUUUUUGUUUUGUCUUUUUUUAAAAAAAAAAAUCUUGUUCACACAUGUUAUAUAGAGAUCAGACCCACUUGUUUUAUAUAUGUUAAUUUUUUUCUGUAAAGCCUUAGUCCUCGUAUUCGAUUUUAUUUUUGUAGAUAUGAUUAAAAAAGGAUGUAUAAAUUAUUUUCUUCUCCUUUUUGUUUUUAAAAUUGGUGAGAUUGUUAGCUGCACAGAAGGAAAAAAAAGCUGUCUCAAAUUCAUGUGUUUUGUGAGAUUAAAAAGAAACUGGAAAAAAAAA